AUGGACCUGAAUUAUGCGCACCGAGCUGGUCCCAAAAACCAAAAUAUAAAUACUAACGUGAGUGGGAACCGUAAACUUCUUCGUUCCUUGAUGGUUGCUUUCACCUGUCGAGCUAGCUCUGCUAACGUACGUGAGGAAUUGCUUAAACACGCGAAAGCUAGAAAAAACCUAAAGAGUAAAGACAUUUUGAAUCAUGGGCCUGAAAAUUUGAUCUACGUAAAUGAGCGUCUUACUGGCGAAAUUCGACCCUUAUUCCGUACUGUGAGAGCUGUCACCGUCAAACAUGGCUACAGCGAGUGCUGGCUUAAUGAGUUUGAGAAGGUCACCAUAUUGCAAGGAUUUACAUUAUUUUACUCUAAAAAGUAUAUUAACAGGGAAGGAGGAGUCGGUAUCUACAUAAAAGAGAGGUGGACAGUGAACUUUUCCGAGCUGAACGUUGACGAGGGUAAUAGUAUUCUCGCAGAAGUUGCAAAUCACUUCUCUGUAGUAGCCGCUUACAGAUCACCUGGUUACACCAACCCAGAAAUAUUUAUUCGCUCUCUUGACGCCAACUUAAAAACGAUUAUAGUUGACAUAGAAUUAAUAAGAUCAGAGCUGGAGGGAACGGACUGGUCCCCAGUAAUAAACUGCAGCUCUUUUGAUGAGCCUGUAACUCAUUUCACUAAGACGGUAUCAGACAAUAUGGAGAUAUUUGAAAACGUGUAUAAUAAGCCGCUCCAGAACCACCUUACACCCCUGGAUGACUCCUGGUGUAAUCAGAUGCUCUAA